AUGGAGAACUCAAGAUCAUCGAUCAAUCAACAGGUGGACCCAUCCGGUGAGAUCGACAGGGAAAUCACAAAUCUCGAUGCACAUCAUCAGAUCAGCAAUCAAUCUGCACCACUUCGUGCCUCCGAUAUCUCUAGGAAGGCACCCAUUCAUCUCCCAAACGAAAUAUUGGACCUUAUCUGGAGUCACACGUAUAUCAUAGAGCCACAAAAUGUGACAGUCAGAUGUAAGAAAGUGGGAGAAAGCUUCGAACUAUGGAGUAAUGAGCCAUAUUCCAUAGCAUUGCGCGUCUGCCGACAAUCGAGACAGUGGUUCAAGGACCAACAUCACGACAAACGAUGCAACAUAGCUUCCCUUGCGCAAAUUGGAGGCUAUGUCGGACCACUGAAACCACUUAAGAAUCUUUGGUUCAAUCCACUAAUUGAUCGCAUCUGCCCGAUAAUUGAAGGAGAUUGGAGUGAUGAGGCUUUCAUUACCAUGUGCAACGUAAUGCAAGCCACUAAGGUUGCCAAAGUUGCAGUGAGUGACUGUUCCCACGAAUCCGCCAUCUACAGUCCUUGGGCGGCCUAUUACAGACUCAGCAACAUUGAUAACUGGAGCUUGAGUCUCAAAGAAACGAUGAUCUAUACAACCAAGAGCGAUAUCAAUGAGAACCGCCAACUCAAGCUCGUUGAAUGGACCGAUGGAGAUGUCAGGCUGGACAUGUUGCAAGAGAAGCGCCGAAGAAUCCAGAUCAACUACAAGGCUAUGCCGACUUUUAAGAAGGUCUCAGAAGCAUACGCUGAUCAAAGGAUUGCAGAUACCCAAGCAAACUUCGAGGGGAACACAGCAAAGAAGGUCCCAAAUCUUCCGAUCUGGCUCUACCAGAACAUGGAACAAUGGGAGGGUCUGAUGUUGCAGAUCAUGGUUGAAGCUGGCACUCUUGAUCGCCAAGAAAAUUAUUCGGGCGAAGAAUCAUCGGACAGCGAUGAUGAAAAUGAUAAUAGGGAUAGUGGCUAUGCACACAGCCAAGAUGACGAUGAAGAGGCCAGCGACUCCGAGGAGGAUGAAGAUGAGGAACCCGAGGAAGAUGAGGGUAUUACGGAUGAGAACAGCGACGAUGAUAUUGACAAUUAA